CUGGGGCCCACUGCCACACCGACGCCGGCGCCGACCGCCAUUCCGACUCCCGAGCCCACCCUGGCGCCGGCGGAACGCGAGCGUGCCGUGUUGGUCGCGCUCUACGAAGCCACGGCCGGGUCGGACUGGACCGACAGCACGGGCUGGUUGAGCGACGCCCCGGUGGGCGAGUGGCACGGAGUGACCGUCGACGAUGAUGGCCUGGUCACCCAGUUGUCGCUUCUUGAGAACGGCUUGACCGGCCAAAUACCAGCCAGCCUGGGCGAGCUGUACAACCUGAGGCACCUGGACCUGGGACAGAACCAGUUGAGUGACGAACUACCAUCUACGGUGGGCAACCUGAGUGGUCUGGUCAGGUUGGAUCUGGCGCAAAACCAGCUGAGCGAGGAAGUACCGGCGGAACUGGGCAAGCUGAGCAAUCUGGAAUCGCUGAACCUCGGCAACAAUGAUCUGACUGGGACCGUACCGCCGGAAUUAGCUGAAUUGACCAACCUGGGGGCGCUGCUGCUGCGGAAUAACCAGUUCACCGGAGAUAUCCCGCAGGAACUGCAGGGGUAG